UUCUAACAUUGGGCCUGGCUUUUAGGGUUUCUGCAUUUAUUCUUAGACCGCCACACAGAGAGAGAGAGAGCGCGCGCGCUUUAUACUGUUCUUCAAAUCUUGGAACCAAUUGCCCUCAGUCGUGUCAACAAAGAACAAAUCUACUAAAAUGGAGCAAACUUUCAUCAUGAUUAAGCCUGAUGGUGUUCAUAGAGGCCUGGUUGGUGAAAUCAUUGGCAGGUUUGAGAAGAAAGGCUUCACUUUGAAAGGUUUAAAGCUCAUCACUGUGGAUCGCCAUUUUGCUGAGCAGCAUUAUGCUGACUUGUCUGCAAAGCCUUUCUUUAAUGGGCUUGUUGAGUAUAUCAUCUCUGGCCCAGUUACGGCUAUGGUUUGGGAGGGUAAGAAUGUGGUGACUACUGGCAGGAAGAUUAUUGGAGCCACCAACCCAGCUGACUCUGCUCCUGGAACUAUCCGUGGUGAUUAUGCCAUUGACAUUGGCAGGAAUGUCAUCCACGGAAGUGAUUCAGUCGAGAGUGCAAAGAAAGAGAUUGCUCUUUGGUUCCCAGAAGGAAUUGCAGAAUGGAGGAGCAGUGUUCAUCAAUGGAUCUACGAGUGAAAUUUCUUCCUUCAGUUGGAUCCAUGAUUAUAUGUGCGGGUAGUUUUCUAUGGCUAUUUCUAGCAUCAAAUUACAAAUUUUGACUUCAAAUUGAGUUACUUGAACUUUGUUCUAUGAAGUCCUUUGCCAUUAUGAAACAGUUUUGAGCGUUUUUGUUUGAAUAUGAUGAUUUGCUAUUGUGUUUCAGGUUUUUGCA